AUGGCUCACUUGGGGAUUACUGGGGGCACUAACUGUGUCGGAUUCCUGGUGGCGCCCCAGUGGGUAAUGACGGCUGCGCACUGUGAGGGCAUCCAUUAUGUCUACUUGGGGGGACAUCACAUCUCCGCUGAAGAACCCUCCCAGCAAGCGUUUAGAGUUGUGGCUAACUACCCACACCCUCAAUAUGAGAAAGUCUUCUCCUCAAACGAUAUCCGUCUGCUCAAGCUGAAUUCCAAGGCUACUUUGAAUGAAUAUGUCCAGAUCCUGCGCUUGCCCGAAUUCGACCGUGACCUCUCCGAUGGGACUCCCUGCAGCGUGGCAGGAUGGGACUGGGUUUACAAAGGCUGGUCACCAAAUCUCACUGUCUUUGGCCGUAGUCGAUGCAAGAGGAAGUAUCAUUACUAUUACAAUUACGGGAAGCUCUGUUCCAAUGGGCAGAGCAAGACUGUUUUCAAGGGGAUCACGGGUGGCCCCUUGGUGUGCAAUGGUGUGGCAGAAGGAAUCAUCUUGUAUCGCUAUCCUGGAAUUUACACCCGCAUCGCCCAUUACCUUCCAUGGAUCAAGAGAACCAUGAAUCUGUGA